AUGGGCUCAAAAUCGAACAACGCAUUGUCAAGGCUUGCCAAAUUAUGGCCGAGAUCAUUCAUCGAAGAGCCCCUUGUCGUCCUAGACAUUGAACCGAAGAGUUCGGCGGUACCAUGGAGUACAUUGUCUCUCUUCAUAGUCUCAGUGGUUGGGUCCGUGACCCAACUUCUCGUGGCAAUCAAUGCACCGUGGUCAACUGUCAGUACGGCGCUUUGGGCUGCUGCGGGGCUCCAUAUUGCAGUAUGGCGCCCCAGGACCGGCUCGAUAUUUCUCUUCGUCGAUUUUGUGGCCGUCUUUGCUAUGGGUGUGGGCUCCACUGCCACUCUCUUUUACGAAAAUCUGGGUACCAGGGGCGCGGUGCUUACAUUUUGCGGUACGGGACUCGCUGCCAUUGCUACGAUUGUCGUUGUCAAUAUGCCGCUGCGUGACCCAGCCUUGAGUUGCGCCGAGAUCAGUCGUCCUUUCACCACACCUUCUCAUGCAUUGCGAUCCCCUGAAGACAACCUUACGCUUCUGCAGUGGAUGACAGUGUCCUGGCUAUCACCUCUGAUCAAGGUCGGGAACAGGCGACAACUUCAUGACGACGAUGUCUGGGCUCUCGCCUAUGAGUUUCAGCACCGACAUCUGCAUGACGCUUUCCGGGAGCUUAAGGGCAAUGUUGUCAAACGAUUGCUGAAAGCAAAUUGGAUCGAUCUGGUACUUCUCACGAUCCUCGCAAUCGUCGAACUGGCUGCCAAUUACUCCGCCCCCAUGAUUCUCCAAAAGCUUCUUCAGGCCAUGGAAACGGUAGCCGUCGAAAAACGAUUAGUGAUCAUGUACGCAAUACUCAUACUUGUGUUGAGGGCCGUGGCCGCUCAGAGUGCAGUCUUUAGUCUGUGGUUUGGAAGGCGUUGCUAUGAACGGUCUCGUGGCGAGAUGAUCACCAUGUUAUACGAAAAAACGUUGAAUCGGAAAAUUCUUGGCGGUUUGCCUCAGCAAGCAGAGACUCAAGUGGGGUCCGCCAUGAAAGUCUCCCCUGACCCUUCCGACAUUGGAGAGGCUGGUCCAUUGCUUGAGACAGCAGGGGUCAUCAGUGGGCAAGUCGACCGACCAAAGAGCUUCGCUAGUCGCGCCCGAGAGGUAAUUCAAAAGGGUAGAUCUUUCAUGUUUUCCAGAAAACGCGCAAGCAGUGAGAGAAAAACACCGGCGUCGAUAGGGAAGAUCCUCAACUUGAUGCGGAAUGAUGUGUACGAAGUCGCGCAGCGUUUCUGGGAGUUUCAAACUCUGAUCAACAAGCCGCUCGGUCUCGUGCUCUCCAUCUUUCUCAUUUGGCAACUGCUUGGGUGGUCAUGCUUCGUCGGUGUGGCAGUGGUUGUUAUUGCACAGGUCUUCAACUAUGUCCUCGCCCGCAUCCUCAUGAGCUGGGAACAGGAACGGCGCAAAGUCACCGACAUUAAACUACAAAAAAUCAGUCAAUAUGUCGAGGCCAUAAGGCAUCUGCGAUGGUACGGGUGGCACCUCACCUGGCUUGACGGCGUCAUGACCGCCCGCCAGAAAGAGCUUAACUUGAGAAUUGUCACCUUUUUGUUGAACUCCGCCAUCAAAUUUCUGAACUCGUUCGCCAGCGGCAUGCUCCCGGUUGCCACAUUUUAUGCAUACACAAUUGCGGCAGGACAAGAGUUGCGUGUUGACAUUGCUUUCCCGGCAUUACAGCUCUUUUCACUUCUGCAGAGCAAUAUUCGAGAGCUACCAACGUUGAUCACGGUCUUGCUCAAUGCUUCGGUGGCAGUCGGACGGAUCUCAGAGUUCAUUGCUGAACCCGAUAAGAUUGACGAAGCGGACGAUCGAGGGUAUACGGGUGACCGAUUAGAGCUGCACAAUGCCUCCUUUUCAUGGCCUGGGCUUUCGGGGAUAGUGCUCCAUGAUCUCAAUCUCUCAUUCUCUCAGGGAUUGACUGUUGUUUUCGGUCCGGUGGCAGCAGGUAAAACUGCUUUGCUACAGGCUCUUCUCGGUGAGCUCGAUCUGCGUCAGGGGAAACUGAUGAAGCCGCAAUCCCCAGUCGGUUACUGUGCACAGACGCCCUGGCUGCAAAGCAUGAGCAUCCGGGAAAAUAUUCUUUUUAAUUCGCAAUAUGACGAUGCCCGAUACAAGAAGACCUUAGAAGCAUGUGCCCUUCUUCCUGACCUUGCAAAUUUCAGAUACGGUGAUCUUUCCAAUAUUGGCGAGAACGGCAUUGGUUUAUCUGGCGGCCAAAAAGCCAGAGUUGCUCUUGCGAGAGCAGUGUACAGUCGAGCACAAAUUCUAUUGCUUGAUGAUCCUCUGAGCGCCCUGGAUCAACAAACGGCCGAAUGGAUUGUCAAAAAAUGCUUAUGCGGCAGUUUGAUGGAAGGUCGUAUCAUCGUUCUUGUAACCCACCGGACCGAUCUUUGCCAAAAUGUGGCAUCACAACUAAUCGAGAUCAACGACAGAACAGCUUUGUUGUAUCGAAAUGAUGAGGAGCUGUCAAAAGUCAUGUCGGCAAAAGCACCAGAGGCAGGACCGCUGGAGGUCGAGAGCAAUGUCAAAACCAUCGAUGAAUCUGCCGCGAUACCAGAAAAAUUCAUAGAAGACGAACGCCGAGCUCAUGGCGGAGUGCAGCUUCAAGUUUAUUGGGAAUACAUCAAAGCUGGGACACUGAGAUGGUGGUUCAUGGUGUUUGUGACGGCCGUCAUCUGUCGGGUCACUUAUGUGAGUGAAAGCUGGUUUCUCAAAGAAUGGGGAGAAGCAUACAACAAAGCGAGCCUGCGGUUUCUGGCGCUGGGGGCGUUUGACUUCGAGGUGCAUCUCUUCAAAAGUCCAAUCUCAGGUCUGUUCGACCGGUUCCCUGAUCCAGCUGUCAAUGUCCAGCCUUGGCUUCUCGGCUUUCUUAUCAUCGUGGCCUGUGAGACCCUAGGACUCAUGCUUUCCCAAAUGUCCAUGUUGGUCGUCACAUACUCUGCUGCGCGUCGAAUGUUCAAGGUCGUCAUGGAUCGCAUAAGCAACGCCAGCUUUCAAUUUUAUGACGUGACGCCGGUUGGGAGAUUGAUGAAUCGAUUGACUUCUGAUAUGGGGACUGUCGAUGGCAAUAUCGCCGACCUGUUUCUCAUCGUUAUAUGGUAUGCUGUUGCUUGGAUCACCUCCAUGGUCGUCAUUGCCAGCAUUACACCAAUCUUUCUGGCAUUUGCGAUUUCGCUCACGCUGGCUUUUGUGUUGAUCUUCCUGCAAUUUCUACCAACCUCACAAAGCUUGAGGCGGCUUGAGAUGGUCUCUCUGACCCCCUUAAUGUCCAAUUUCGGCGCAUUGCUGAAUGGAUUGAUGACCGUCAGGGCGUUCUGCGCACAACCACAAUUUCAGGAAAGAAACAUUCAGGUCACAGACGCAUUUCAGAAGAUGGACCAUUUUUAUUGGAGUCUGCAGGCCUGGCUGAUGUACCGAUUCGACAUGCUAUCAGCAGUGUCCACAUUUCUUUUGACCAUGCUCGCAAUUUUCUCCGACCUCUCAGCCGGCUUGACUGCGUUUGUCUUGAUUUCAGCAAACAAGUUUGUCCAGUCCACCCACGCCAUUUGCAAAUCGUACGGCCAACUCCAACUGAACUUCGUAUCUGUUGAACGAGUGGUUGAACUGGUCCAUAUCGAACAGGAACCGCCGAGUUCCAUUCAGCCACCGGCUGCAUGGCCCACGUAUGGAAGCGACAUUGUCUUUGAGGAUGUCACCAUUCGAUAUCAGCCUCAUCUAGACCCGGCACUGACAAAUGUUUCGCUUCGCUUCCAAGGGGGAUCAACUAGUGCCAUCACGGGUAGAACAGGGUCCGGCAAGUCAACUCUGGCAAUGGCGUUGCUAGCAACCAUUACCCCCGAGUCUGGUCGCAUCUUGAUUGAUGGCAUCGACAUCGCCAAAGUUGAUAAACAGGCAUUGAGAAGCAGAAUAACCUUCCUGGCUCAAGAACCUAUCCUCUUCCCUGGAUCCUUGCGUCACAAUCUUGACCCAAUGGAGGAGCACUCGGAUUUCGCAUGUCAAUCCGUCUUAUCAAGAGUUUGCGGGAAGUAUGGGUGGACGCUUGAGACACAAAUCGACGCUGGAGGAAGAAAUUUGAGUCAGGGACAGCGACAGUUGGUGGGUCUUGCUCGAGCAAUACUGCGAAGGAGCGCAAUUGUCAUCAUGGACGAAGCCACAGCGAGCAUCGACUUGGACACAUCUGCUGAAAUACAGCGCGUGUUAAGAGAGGAGUUGCAGGAAAGUACAAUCAUCACCAUCGCUCAUCGGGCAAAAGCUGUGGAAAAUGCCGAAUUCUGCGUUGUGCUUUCAGCUGGUCGUGUUUUCUACCAGGGCCCACCUGACGGGGCCGGAUUCUGA